CGGCAUAAACAAGUCCAUCAAAAAAGGCUCAUGCGAUUACUCAGUUUCUGUAUUUGUAUUUACUUUGUCAGCAAUUAAGUUAUAUUUCAUUGUGAGCAGCGGUAUCGUCAGAAUAUAAGCAUUCUUCAACAUGCCACGAAGAAAAGCUCCAGGUAAAAUAAAGGAUGAGCCAGAGGAGGAAGAUACACCAGUAUUAAAAAGACAGAAAACUGACUCCACAUGUACGAAAGAGGUACAAUGGGAAUGGGAGGACAAUGGAAGCGUUUGGACACCAUUAGCACCUGAUGUCAAUACAAAAGUCAAUAAUGCCUAUUUAAAGGGCUUGAAAAAGAUUGAAUUAGAUGUUGUACCAGGGGUUACUAUGAUAUACAUGUUUAAUGAAGGUUUACAGAAAAAUAAGCGUACUGGUUAUAGCCGACGUAUUAGAGUAGGAAUUAAAGAUGACUCAGAUAAAGAUUACUAUGUCUGGCAAUUUCAAGACAAGAAUAAAAAGUGGAAUCCUUACUCUGUUGAAGCGAAUAUGAAAUUAACAGAAGCUUAUAAAGAUGACAAUACAAGUACAAUUACACACAAAGAUGCCAAAUAUCAUUUUACAGUUGACCUUAAGAAGUUAACUCAUAUCUGUAAAAACACAGGCUACAUUUGUAAUGUUGAAAGAACAAAAUUAUUACCAGUGCUAAAAACCGAGGUGAAUGAAGAAAGUUCAACUUCAAAUGGAGCAGGUGAUGCACCAGCUGCUAAAAGUGGUCGUGGAAAAUCUACUGCAAAGUCAGCAUCAAAAUCAGGAAAAUCUGGUGGAAAACUUAAAAAUGAUGUGGAAGAAGGUGAAACAAAAUCUGUUGUUAGGAAAAUAGUGAAAAAGGGAGAAGCUCCGGUUGAUGCAGAUUGUCCAAUAGGUGAAAAAGCACAUGUAUUAUCAGAAGGCAAAAUUAUAUGGGAUUGUAUGUUAAAUCAAACAAACCUUGGUAACAAUAACAACAAAUAUUAUCUGAUUCAACUGUUAGAAGAAGAUAACAAGAAGUCAUAUCACGUGUGGCAACGAUGGGGUCGUGUAGGAUACAAGGGACAAAAUAAUCUUGUACCCACUCUUGGAGAUUUAGAUAAAGCUAAGAAUCUUUUCUGCAAAAAAUUUCGUGACAAGACUUCUAAUGAUUGGAGUGACAGAGAUAACUUUGAAAAAGUUGCAGGAAAAUAUGAUUUGUUAGCCAUGGAUUAUAAUCCAAAGGAAGAAGAUGAAGUAGAUGCCCCAUCUUUAAAAACAGAGAAGUCUGAUACUAAAUAUCCAGAUUCCAAAAUAGCUAAACCUGUUCAGGAUCUUGUAAAUCUUAUAUGUGAUAUUAAAUCUAUGGAAGAAGCUGUUAUUGAGAUGAAAUAUGAUGCUAAGAAGGCUCCUUUAGGUAAAUUAACAGCAGCUCAGAUAAAGGCAGGCUACUCUGCUUUAAAAGCAAUAGAGACAUUAAUAGAUAAAAAUAAGUUUGGUCAAGAACUAGUUCAAGCUUGUGAUGCAUUUUAUACCAGAAUUCCACAUAAUUUUGGUAUGAGACAACCUCCAACCAUCAAAACUAAGCCUCAAGUUAAAGAAAAAUUACAGUUGUUAGAGGCAUUAGGCGAUAUUGAAAUAGCUAUAAAAAUAUUAAAAUCUGGUGACAUGAGUGAAAAUCCCAUUGAUCGUCAUUAUCAUUCAUUAAAAUGUGAUUUGGGUGUGCUGGAUAAAACUCAUCCUGAUUUUAAGAUAUGUGAACAAUAUCUACUAACAACCCAUGCUGCCACACAUAACCAGUAUAAGAUGGAGUUAUUAGAUGUAUUUACUUGUAUCAAAGAUGGGGAAUUUGUUGAUCAUGGAAACAGGGUUUUAUUAUGGCAUGGAUCCCGUCUAACUAAUUGGGUUGGUAUAUUAAGUCAAGGUUUACGUAUUGCUCCACCAGAAGCUCCUGUUACAGGUUACAUGUUUGGUAAAGGAGUUUAUUUUGCUGACAUGUCAAGUAAAAGUGCCAACUAUUGUUUUACAUCUAAAGCAAAAAAUAUUGGAUUACUUUUACUAUGUGAGGUAUCUCUAGGUAAUGUUAAUACAUUAUUAAAUGCUGAUUAUACUGCUGAUAAACUACCUAAAGGUAAACAUAGUGUAUUAGGUGCUGGUAGAGUGGCUCCUGAUCCUAAAUCUAAAGUUGUCAUUAUUAUUUUAUAG